AGUAAGGGGCCCCGCGAUUGGCUGCGGGGUCGGGCGCUGCGCGGGGCCUGUGGGAAGCGGAGUGACGGAGCGAGCGGCUGUUGGAGGAAGGAGGGAAUAUGAAACAAGUGUCAAAAUGACAUCCAGAUUUGGGAAAACAUACAGUAGGAAAGGAGGCAAUGGCAGUUCAAAAUUUGACGAAGUCUUUUCCAACAAACGGACCACCCUUAGCACAAAAUGGGGAGAGACCACGUUUAUGGCUAAAUUAGGGCAGAAGAGGCCCAAUUUCAAACCAGAUAUCCAAGAAAUUCCGAAGAAAUCUAAAGUAGAAGAGGAAAAUACUGGCGACCCUUUUGGAUUUGAUAGUGAUGAUGAGUCUCUACCAGUUUCUUCAAAGAAUUUAGCCCAGGGUAAGGGCUCCUACUCAGAGUCAAGUGAAGCAGUGCCACUGGAGGAAGUUAUUUCAGUACUUGAAGCUAACAGCAGAACUGGGCCCGUGGUAAGGGAAGAUGGCAUUGUGUCUGCUUCGAGCUCACCUUUGGAGACUGCUCUGCCUGGGAAAGAGAGGGCCGCAGACAGACUCCUGGAAGAUGAGGCGAGCAGAAGUAGCUGUGCUAAAUUAAUGGCUAUGGAUAAAGUGGAGAAUUUUAGUGAAGAACAUGAAAAAAAUAGUCACCAUUUACACAAAAAUGCUGACGACAGUACUAAGAAAUCCAAUGCAGAAACCACAGUGGCUUCUGGAUACAGAGCGGAUGAAAUCAAGGAAACAAAUGAUACUUGGAACUCCCAGUUUGGGAAACGGUCAGAGUCCCCAUCUGAAAUAUCUCCACUCAAGGGAUCUGUGAGAACUGGUUUGUAUGAGUGGGAUAAUGAUUUUGAAGAUAUCAGGUCAGAAGAUAUUUUAGGUUUGGAUAACGAUCCUCUUUUGGAGAUGAAGGAUGAGGAUUUAAAAACUCGAUUGGAAAAUCUAGAUGAAGCCAUUGAGGAAGACAUGGUUCAAAGUGUUCUUAGGCCAAGCAACUGUAGGACGUACUGUAGGGCCAACAAGGCAAAAGCCUCCCAAGGAGCAUCCAGUUUUGAUAAGCUAAUGGACGGCACCAAUCAGGCUUUAGCCAAAGCAAACAGUGAGUCGAGUAAAGAUGGCCUGAAUCAGGCAAAGAAGGGCAGUGCCGGCUGCGGGACCAGUCUUAGAGGGACAGUUGGCCGGACUAGAGAUUAUACUGUGCUACAUCCAUCUUGCUUGUCAGUCUGUAAUGUCACCAUCCAGGACACCAUGGAGCGAAGCAUGGACGAGUUCACCGCAUCCACUCCUGCAGACCUGGGAGAAGCUGGUCGCCUCAGAAAAAAGGCCGAUAUCGCAACUUCUAAGACCACUACUAGAUUCCGGCCUAGUAAUGUUAAAUCCAAAAAGGAUGUUAAACUUGAAUUUUUUGGUUUUGAAGAUCAUGAUGAGACAGGAGGCGAUGAAGGAGCCUCUGGAAGUUCUAAUUACAAAAUUAAGUAUUUUGGUUUUGAUGAUCUCAGUGAAAGUGAAGAUGAUGAUGAUGAUGACUGUCAAGUGGAAAGAAAGGCCAACAAAAAACGAAGUAAAACAGCUCCAUCACCCUCCUUGCAGCCUCCUCCAGAAAGCAAUGAUAAUUCCCAGGACAGUCAGUCUAGUGCUAGUAACACAGAAAACUUGGAUUUUGCAGAGGACUUGCCUGGUGUGCCUGAAAGUGUGAAGAAGCCCAUAAGUAAACAAGGAGAUAAAUCAAAGGAAAAUACCAGAAAGAUUUUUAGUGGCCCUAAACGGUCACCUACAAAAGCCGUGUAUAAUGCUAGACAUUGGAACCAUCCAGACUCAGAAGAACUACCUGGACCACCAGUUGUAAAACCUCAGAAUGUCACAGUGAGGCUGUCUUCAAAGGAACCAAAUCAAAAAGAUGAUGGAGUUUUUAAGGCUCCUGCACCACCACUCAAAGUGAUAAAAACUGUGACAAUACCUACUCAGCCCUACCAAGAUAUAGUUACUGCACUGAAAUGCAGAAAAGAAGACAAAGAAUUAUAUACUGUUGUUCAGCAUGUGAAGCACUUCAACGAUGUGGUGGAAUUUGGUGAGAAUCAAGAGUUCACUGAUGACAUUGAGUACUUGUUAAGUGGCUUAAAGAGCACUCAGCCUCUAAACACACGUUGCCUUAGUGUUAUUAGCUUGGCUACUAAAUGUGCCAUGCCCAGCUUCCGAAUGCACCUGAGAGCACAUGGAAUGGUUGCAAUGGUCUUUAAAACCUUGGAUGAUUCCCAGCACCACCAGAACCUGUCCCUCUGUACAGCUGCCCUCAUGUAUAUCCUGAGUCGGGACCGCUUGAACAUGGAUCUCGACAGAGGUAGCUUAGAUCUCAUGAUCUGACUUCUGGAGCUGGAACAGGAUGCAUCAUCAGCUAAGCUGCUGAAUGAGAAAGACAUGAACAAAAUUAAAGAGAAAAUCCGGAGACUCUGUGAAACUGUACACAAUAAGCAUCUUGAUCUAGAAAACAUAACGACUGGGCAUUUAGCGAUGGAGACAUUGCUGUCCCUUACUUCUAAACGAGCAGGAGACUGGUUUAAAGAAGAACUCCGGCUUUUGGGUGGUCUGGAUCAUAUUGUAGAUAAAGUCAAAGAGUGUGUGGAUCAUUUAAGUAGAGAUGAGGAUGAAGAAAAACUGGUAGCCUCGUUAUGGGGAGCAGAGAGAUGUUUACGAGUUUUAGAAAGUGUAACAGUGCAUAAUCCAGAGAAUCAAAGCUACUUGAUAGCAUAUAAAGAUUCACAACUCAUUAUUUCAUCAGCUAAAGCAUUGCAGCAUUGUGAGGAACUGAUCCAGAAGUAUAACCGCGCCGAGAACAGCAUCUGCAUGGCUGACAGCAAGCCUCUGCCUCCCCAGAACGUGACCAGCCAUGUGGGCAAGGCGGUGGAGGACUGCAUGAGGGCCAUCAUUGGGGUGCUGCUCAACCUCACCAACGACAAUGAGUGGGGCAGCACCAAAACAGGGGAACAGGAUGGCCUCAUUGGCACAGCCAUGAACUGUGUGCUGCAGGUCCCGAAGUACCUACCUCAGGAGCAGAGAUUUGACCUUCGGGUGCUGGGCUUGGGUCUACUGAUAAAUCUAGUGGAGUACAGCGCUCGGAACCGGCACUGCCUCGUCAACAUGGAAACGUCCUGUUCCUUUGAUUCUUCCUUCUGCAGUGGGGAGGGAGACGAUAGCUUAAGGGUAGCCGGCCAGGUUCAUGCCGUGCAGGCUUUAGUGCAGCUAUUCCUUGAGCGAGAGCGAGCAGCCCAGUUGGCAGAAAGUAAAACAGAUGAGUUGAUCAAAGAUGCACCCACCACUCAGCAUGAUAAGAGCGGAGAGUGGCAAGAGACCAGUGGGGAGAGACAGUGGGUGUCAACUGAGAAGACAGACAGUGCAGAGGAGAAACACAAGAAGGAGGAGGACGAUGAAGAACUUGACCUCAAUAAAGCCCUGCAGCAUGCUGGCAAGCACAUGGAGGACUGCAUCGUGGCCUCCUACACAGCACUGCUUCUCGGCUGUCUCUGCCAGGAAAGCCCAAUCAAUGUCACCACUGUGCGGGAAUACCUGCCAGAAGGAGACUUCUCCAUAAUGACAGAGAUGCUCAAGAAAUUCCUCAGCUUCAUGAAUCUUACUUGUGCUGUUGGGACGACGGGCCAGAAGUCCAUCUCCAGAGUGAUUGAGUAUUUGGAACACUGCUAGCUGCUUUACCUUUGCUUCAGGUGCUUGGGAAUGCUGGAGCUACCCUUAGACAAAGAAAUAUCAUGAGAGGUCCUUGAAGAGAAAUCAAGAGCAUUCAUCAGGAUUUUACGACCACCUGAUUUCUUCGUCAUGCAUUCUGCAUUUGCUCAGUGACAGUUACUAUGUCAAUCUGCAACUAUCAAAAAUGAGGGAAAAGGUUCAGGCUGCUCACAACCCAUGCAGUAUUGAAAUACACUUCCUGGCAGAGUCUACCCCUUCCCCCAUGUCCUUGCUUCACUCCAGGCAGGUUUGAGGGGUGACUUCAUGCUGCUGUUAGUGCAGCUGCUGUGUGUGGAGCCACUGUUGUCGCGCUGGCCAAGGCAGGGCAGCUCAGCGAUGAGGUGUUGGAGGUUCUGAGCUCGUUUAGAUAGCAGCUUAGUUCCUUUUUCAGGCUCAUUGGCUUUUGCUUUUUUGUUGAAUGAUUCCGAUCAUAAAUAAAGCUUUUAAUAAUUUUGUGAA